AUGAGUGUCGUCGGCAGAGGCAUGGCAAGACGGCUCUGCCAGCAGGUCAGGGCUGCGUCCACUGCUGCUGAAGGUGCUACCGCAGCUACCGCCGAGUCUCGUGAAAAGGCGGUGGCCGAUGCCCUCGCCCGCGAAGAACAAGCCGCCGAAGAACGCAAGCGGAUGAGAGAACUCAAACAACACACCUUAGAAGAGAUCAACAAGCUCAACAAGGUUCCCCUGGUCCUCAUCAACCAAAGAUUGGCCAAGCUCCAAGCGGAACUCGACAACUUGCCGCAAAAUAAGGUCAAACAAUUGGACGAAGAACUCGAAGAGUUCUUGAUGAACAACAUGAACUUGCCCAUCAAGAAGAUCGUCAACCGUCCGUGGGCGAAAAACCUCAUCGACUCUCAGGGUAAGCUCAAGUUUGACGACCACUCUACCAAGCUUGCGUCGACAACUCUGUUCAAUGAGUUCCCCAACUUACAACCCACCCCCGACUACAAGGGUUACAGUGAGCAAGAACUAUACCUCCGGCAGCUCCAGCACCAGCGCCAAACGGCGGCGCUUGGUCUGAAGCUCAAAAACGUGUACAAGCCCAGAAACGAUGCCGUCAAGCCCCAGCUGAUUGGCGACAUCACUGUAUCGCUGUUACUCGCUGCUGGCUGUCACUUGGGCCAUGCCCCGUCGCUGUGGAGACCCACCACUCACCGGUUCAUCUACGGUGAAUACAAGGGGGUUCACAUCAUUGACUUGAACGAAACCAUGGUCGCCCUUAAGCGCGCCGCCAACGUCGUCAAGGGGGUGGCAAAGAAGGGGGGUAUAAUCUUGUAUGUUGGUACCGGUAAGCUCAACUUCCACCAACACCGGGUGUUAGAAGAAGCCGCCACUCGUUCUGGCGGGUACUACAUCGCCAAGAGAUGGAUCCCCGGUACCAUUACCAACUUCCUUGAAGUCACCAAGCAUACCGCCACCGCCAGCAUCGACGGGUCGUCUACUUCCCGUGUUGAAGUCGACAUGGCUGACAACGCGUCGGGCAAGGCCAUCACUGACAACAGCUUGCUUAAGCCUGACCUUGUUGUCUUGAUUAACCCUGUGGAAAACCGCAACUGCAUCGAUGAAUGUACCAAGGCCCGGGUGCCCACCAUCGGUUUGUGCGACACCGAUAUGGAACCUCUGUUAUUGACCUACCCCAUCCCCGCCAACGACGACUCGGUGAGAUCGCAAGCGUUGAUCACGGGUGUGUUGUCAAAGGCGGCCGAAGAAGGUAGAGCCGAAAGACACGCCUUGUUUAAUGACUACAAGAAGGCUCAGGAGGAAAGAGGCCAAGCAUCCAUGUAA